AUGUCGGAGAUCAAAACGAAGAGACCGAGAGUCAGAUUCCAAGUGAUACACUACUACCUAAUCCCAAUCGUAGCAUUGAUUGUUUGGUGGGGCAUGUUGAUUGCGAUGCUCAUAUGUUGGGGAGUACAAGGACAUCCCAUUUACUCAUUCAUGAACGGAGAAUACCAGAGUCCAGUAUACUUGUCUGAUAUUGGGGCCACCAACUUACAACCACUUUUCAUUAGUUGUGCCGGGUUCCAAGCCAUAUUCUUUGUCGGUACAUUAAUAGCGGGGAUGUUUUUAAGAAAAACCAACCGAAUUCAACCAUACAUUAGCUAUCAUCAACCACGAUUAGCAAUUGCCAGUAUCAUAUUAGCCAUCAUUGGGCAGUUGGGUAUCUUGUUUGUCUCCAUAUUCAACACAAAAAAUUUCCAUUCUGUCCAUCUCACCAUGGUUGGUAUAUUCAUCGCAUUUAUAUUCUUUUCUUGCUGUUGUGAUUUUGGUGUUAGUUUUAUAUUUGGAACUCGUCCAAGCUUGCUCGAUCCUGUUCAUGAAACGGUAAUUUUCGGCAAUGGUAGGUUAUCCAAUUUGUAUUUCCUAAGUUUUGUUUCAAAAAUUGUGUGGUUGGUAGUGGCAAUUGUGUUCGCGGCAUGUUUCGGUUAUUACAUGAAGCAUGGCGAUGACUCCUUAUCGGCCAAGUUUGAAUGGUGUAUUUGUUUCUGGUAUGGCUUCCUUUUGGUGUUGUGGUCAAUUGAUAUGGUCCCCAGUGCAAUUAGGAAAUUUAGAUCAAAACACCCAGAAUUGUAUCAAACAAACCAAUACGAUUAUGAAAAGCAACUGGUGGGGGCAAAUUGGGAAGACGAUUUACACAAUCAUGCCAGGAAUCAAUCAUCUAUGAUUGAUGAUCAACCGACAUUUGUCAACUCUCCAAUCAUGCAAAAUCAACAAUUGGCACAGCAACAGUAUCAACCAAUGGCCCAAGGAAAUGAAAUACCUGCAAAUGCUGCUUAUAGUAGACAGGAAGGAGUAGGAUACACUUCAGCACCACAACAGGCUUACACGGUUGCAAGAUGA